UUGUGCGUGACACGGAGACCGCCGGAUCAACGAUGCUCACGACUUUGGUAUUGGCGUUCACGCUAAGCGUGGUGGUAGCAGAUGUUGGCUACCAAUAUCAAGUUCCAGUCAACCCCUUCGGUGGUUCAUCUUCCCAAGUCAAUAAAUAUUACAAUAAAGCCACCUAUUCCACCACCUCAAAUCCUGCUGUAUCCUUUGGAACUGCUGGACAAAGGUUAGGUUAUACAGGAACUUUUGGACAAGGUUCGAGUGGUUCAUCCGGAUCUUUUGGACAAGGUUUAGGCUCAAGUGGUUACACUGGAUCUUUUGGACAAGGCACAAUAGUACCUACUGCAAACUUUGGUCAAAGGUAUAAGGGACAAACUUCUUUUGGAAGCUCAAGUGGUUCGUCCGGAUCUUUUGGACAAGGCCAAGGCACGAGUGGUUACACUGGAUCCGUUGGACAAGUGGUACCUAUUACAACCUUUGGCCAAAGCUAUAAAGAACAAAACUCUAUUGGACAAAGUUCAAGUGGUUCAUCAGGAUCUUUUGGACAAGGCCAAGGUACAGGCGGUUAUAUUGGAUCACUUGGACAAGGCUCAAUAAUACCUUCUACAACCUUUGGUCAAAGCAAUAAAGGACAAGCCUCUUUUGGGCAAACCUCUAGUGGUUCAUCUGGAUCUUUUGGACAAGGUCAAGGCACAAGCGGUUAUACUGGAUCUCUUGGACAAGGCUCAAUAGUACCUUCUACCACCUUCGGUCAAAGCUAUAAAGAACAAACCUCUUUUGGACAAAGCUCGAGUGGUUCAUCUGGAUCUCUUGGACAAGGUCAAGGCUCAAGUGGUUACACUGGAUCUAUUGGACAAGGCUUGAUUGUACCUUCUACAACCUUUAGUCAAACUUCCAAUGGGCAAUAUGGACAAAGCUCAAGCAGCUCCUCUGGAUUGGGGCAAGGAUCAACUGUAUCACCUUUAUCAUACGGACAAGGUUAUAACUAUAGAGACUAUAGCUCCAGUGGUUUAGCAUCUAAAUUUGGCGUAGGUUCUGGAUCUUCUACUUAUAAAUUAGCUAAACCCGCUGCUUUAAGCACUAACUAUGUAACUGGAUCAAAUUACAAUACCUUUGGUACUAUUGGAGGAGCUGGUUCUGGUUCUGGUCUAUCUGGGAGCGGAACUGAUACGAACUAUAAUACAGUUGGAUCAACAGGCUCAAAUUCAAACUAUUAUCUUCAAGGACAACGACCAUCAAACUCUGGCUCCAACUACAAUACGUUAGGCAGCGGAUCGUAUUACAAUCUUGCGAAUCAACAAGGAGUGUACCCAGGAUCUACUUUUGGACAAAACCAAGGAAACUAUCAGACGACGGUAGAUACUAGUGGUUUAGAUAAUAUAGGAAACUACUACCAAACAGCUAGCGCAAAUAAUCAAUUUAUUUCAUCAAAUCAGUACCAAACCGCUGCCGUUCAGAAUUACCAAGAUUACUACAAUAUAAUACAACAACAACCUGCACAAAUAUAUAAACACUUCUACGUACAUGCCGCGCCAGAAGAUGUUGAACCACUUAAGCCAAGGCCACAAAUAGUUUUACCUCCACCACAAAAACAUUAUAAAAUAAUCUUCAUCAAGGCACCAACGCAACAACCUGCAGUACCACAGGUGAUACCAGUUCCACAACAAACUGAUGAAAAAACUAUUGUAUAUGUACUUGUUAACAAACCUGAGGAUGCUAAAAAUAUUGUACUUCCUAAAUUUGAGCCAAAAGCUCCAAGUAAACCUGAUGUUUUCUUCAUUAAAUACAAUGAUAAACAAGAUUCUCAAUAUCUAAUUGACAACAUCGUCAAUGACUAUAACAAAGGAGGAGUAUCAGCUACAUUCUCUGGAAUUUCAGGUGGUGUGCUAGGCACAUCUGGUUCUGGUUACAAGACCGGUAGUUCAGUGUUAUCUUCUUCAACAAGUAACAAUUUUAAUAAAAAUUCGGGUGGUGUCUCAUCUGGCUCUUUUAACUCUGUUUUUGGACAAAAUCCUAGUGCAGGAAGCUCUUUUGGAACAUCAAUAGGCGGAAUUUCUUCAACAACUCCUAGUAGUGUAUCAUAUGGUUCUGGUAGUACAUUAUCACCUAAUAAAUUCGCCUCAGUAUUUGACAAUCGCUUUGGAAGUUCUGAAAGUAGCGUGAGUGAAAGUUCAGGCACUGGUAGCACUUUGUCUACAGGUAGCUCGGAUAAGGCUAGUAGCGGCUUAUCCUCUGGUAGUAGUUACACUAUUGGCAACACUUUCAGCGCAAAACCUAGUGUUUCUUUCAGCACUGUCUCAGAUUCAAAUCCUAGCUUUGGAUCAAACUCUGGAUCUAGCGGCAGCUAUUCAUCUGGAAGUAGCUCCACGUCUGGAUCCAACACUGGUGUACUCAUAACUAAGCCUACCAGCACCUUUAGUUCAGGCUCUAAUACCUUUAGUUCAGGCAGUAGUGUAACGCCAGUUCCUGUUACUUCAUCCUACCUUGGCAACAUUCCAUCAUCUGGCAGUAGUUUUCCAUUUGGUAGCAGUGCUACUAGUGGCAACAUUGUAAGCUCUAAGCCUAGUGUCAGCUUCGGAACAGGUUCUUCAGCUUUUGGUACAGGUUCAGAUAGUAGCGUACUAUUAGGUGCUGUUGGUACACCUAGCAAAGGAAACAGUGUCGUAACCAGUGGCUCUUUUGGUUCAGGGCCUAGUACUUCCAGCGGUAGCUCUAAAUUCAGUAGCAGUUAUACCUCUAGUAGUACUGUUGGUUCGCAGUCGAGUGGCAACACUGGCUUAAGUUCUGGUACUUUUCCUUCUACUACUGUAAGCUCUACUUUUGUUCCAGUCCCUAAUGCCUUAAGCUCUUCCAACAUUGGUGGUUCCGGUAAUUAUGGUUCUAGCUCUAGUUCUGGCAAUACGGUAUUAUCGAGCAGUUCUAAUUCUGAUAAGGUUACAAGUGUAUAUGUUUCCAAGCCUAUCAGUAAUUCUAGUCCAAGCUCUUCUUUCAUUGUAUCUGGCAGUAGCUUACCAUCCGGAUUUGUGAACAAAGAUAGCGGUGUUUCAUCUGGUAGCAGCACUGGUUCUGGCUCUAGUAGUAGUUUUGGUUCUAGCUUGGGUAGCAGCUUUUCUACAACUAGCAACUAUAAGCCUUCAUCAAACUUUAUUAGUGGUAGCACCUUAGUUAAUAAGCCUAGUCAAGCCUUAAGUUCUUCCGGAACUGUCUCACCGGCCUUAGGCCUUUCUAGCGGUGCUGGAAACGGUCAAUCCUCUGGUAGCUACAGCUCUGGUUCAAACAGUUUUAGUUCUGGCACUACUUUGGGUUCUUCCUCAUCCGGUAUUGGUUCUGGAUCUACUAAUUUUGGUACUGGGUCCAGUGAAUUCAUUACUGGUUUGGGUUCAGAUAGCUCAAGCGAUGAAUCCACUUUUGAAACAACUCUUGUUUCCACUAGUCAGGGCAUUCCCCACGAAUCCUAUGGAUCACCUAAGUUCAAAGUAUUUUAGAUUUUAACAUUUAUACUGUAUCAUGAGCAAUAAUUUACCUAAUAAUGUAAGUACCUACUGGAUAUGUGUACUUAAUAAAUACAUCAAAAAAUA